CUCGUGUAACAGAGGAGGAAUCCAUUUCUUAAGCAAGCAAAAGGGGAAUAAAACUGAGAGAGCGAGCAACCGAAAGAAGAGAAAAAGAGAAAGAAAUGGGGCUACUCUCCAACAGGGUGGAUCGAGACAGUCUCAAACCUGGCGAUCACAUCUACUCCUGGCGCAGUGCUUAUAUUUACGCCCAUCAUGGCAUCUUUGUCGGGGAUAAUAAGGUCAUCCAUUUUACUAGACGUGGGCAAGAAGUAGGAACAGGAACUGUGCUGGAUGUUCUCUUGGUAAGCUCAGGACCAGCCCGAUCUUAUGUGCCCUGCGACACGUGCACCCCACCAGAAGAUCACGGGGUUGUCUCCUCAUGCCUAAACUGUUUUCUUGCUGGUGGCAUCUUGUACCGUUUUGAGUAUGCUGUUAGCCCUGCUCUUUUUCUUGCAAAAGCACGAGGUGGAACUUGUACCCUUGCAGUCUCGGAUCCAUAUGAUGUUGUGGUUCAUCGAGCAAACUACCUACUCAACAAUGGCUUUGGAUGCUAUAACGUAUUCAAGAAUAACUGCGAAGACUUUGCUAUCUACUGCAAGAGUGGUUUGCUUGUUCUGGGUCAGAACACGAUGGGCCAGAGUGGACAAGCAGUGUCUAUAAUAGGUGGCCCUCUCGCAGCUGUAUUAUCUACGCCAUUACGCCUUGUUACUACCAACAUCUAUGGCAUGGCAGCAACAGCUGUUGGAGUCUACUGUGCUAGUCGUGUUGCUGGUGAUAUUGGCAUGAGGAAGGAUGUGGUGAAGGUAUCUGUGGAGGAUCUUACACGGAGGCUCGCAACAGGUACACUUCAGGUUGUUGAACCGAGUGUCCCGGCUGUUUCUCCUCCUCCUCCUCCUGUCAGUUAGUCUUGCUGGUUUGCAUUGCCCUCUAUACUUUGAACUGGAUGCUUUAUAUUUAUGAUUGGUCAAUAAUUUGUUGAAACCCUUUAUUCUCAGCAUGUUCACAGUGGGCUAUGUAACAUCUAUAUGUGGGGAUUUUUACCUUGUUAUGGCUGUGUAAGGGUUGGCAGUAUACUGUUUUGUCUUGUUAAGUAUAUGUUUGUUAUCUUAUGUUUCAGUAGUUUUUUUUGGG